AACGACUUAUAUUAAAAAACAGAGGAAGUAUUAUUUUGUAUCGAUAAUAUAAGUUAUAACUUUGUAUGGGGUCGAGCGGAAUGCACUUAGGGUUUGUCGGUAACGAAAGAAGAAACAAUCAAUGGCAUAUCAAUAAAACAAACUAGACACGAGGUAAACACUUUUUCUUUCACCACCGCCACAACCAAAUGACUCUCGUUAUCACCUAUUUAUCAGCAUUAAAUUUCUUAUCUGUUUGGUUACAAAUUUCACUUUGAAAAGUCAAACCUCUUAAUUCUUCUCACGUGUUUUUAAAACUUUAUUUUCGUACACCACCCAACUCAAAAGAAAGUCAAUUCUUUGUUCCUCGUUCGUUCCAUAAGAAAACAAUACUAAUAAACUUUUUUUUUUUUUUUUCCAUCUGAGAUUUUUAUUAAUGGGUCUAAGCCCAACCGAACCAAGCCCAAAGAAAACACAAACAAAGGCCCACCGAACGGACCCAAACAUAACAACAUCUUGGGCCUUCAGCCCAAACGAAAGGAAACCCGUCGAGGAAGAAAACCAUCCACGUCCACCACGUGUUCGGAUGCCCAGCACCCAAUGAACACGCGUCAAGACGAUGGAGAUCUGUCAUCCUCCAGCGAAACUGAAGCGGCUGGAAGAAACUCCGACGAACGGAGCCUCACCGGAGAAGAACUGUUCAUCCAGAACGUUCUUCGCUGAAUUCCAAGACGCUCAGAGAAUCUACGCUUCGAAAAACACUAUCGACAUCGAUCGAUCCCUCAAUGAAUGAAAGGAAAGAGAAUCAAUAGGACCAAGGAAACUACAGAACCGUAGAUCUAAUAAACUUACAUAGGGGCAGUUUUUUUUUAAUAUUUUUGGCAUAUAUAGGGACAGCUUUACAAAGAAUUUUGCAAUAUAGAAUUUGUAUUUUCCGUGUUUUGACUUUUUAAUAAUUGUGGAUUUCAGCCACUCCUUUAUAUUUAAACCACCCAAACUCCACUCUCUCUUCUUCAUAUUCAAACCAAUACAUCUUCCCAAAACCCAACUACUACAUCUCGUGGCAAGAAAAUUGUAUAAUUCUUGUAUUGUUUCCUCAGCUUCUUUGAUCAUAUAUUCAUCUGGGUUCUCAUCAAACUUCACAACCUCUUCAUUACUUUUUCCGGAGGAUUAAUGGAUGAAGAGAUCGAGAUUCCACCGUUCUUUCUUUGCCCCAUCUCUCUAGAGAUCAUGAAAGAUCCAGUAAUAGUCUCUACUGGAAUAACCUACGACAGAGAGAGCAUCGAGAAAUGGCUCUUUUCAGGAAAGAAGAACUCGUGUCCGGUCACAAAACAAGACAUAACCGACGCAGAUCUCACGCCGAACCACACUCUUCGCCGUCUCAUCCAAUCUUGGUGCACUUUAAACGCUUCCUACGGUGUAGAGAGAAUCCCUACCCCGAGAUCUCCUAUAUGUAAAUCUGAGAUCGAAAAACUCAUAAAAGAUUCAGCCUCUUCGCAUAAAAACAAGGUCAAAUGUCUCAAACGACUUCGUCAGAUCGUGUCGGAGAACACGACCAACAAACGGUGUUUGGAGGUGGCAGGAGUUCCGGAGUUCUUGGCCACCAUAAUAAGCAACAACGGGGUUGACUCUUCGAUGGUGAGCUUGAGCGACGAAGCCCUCAGCUUACUCUACCAUCUUGAGUCUUCGGAGAGAGUCCUCAAGAAUCUUUUGAACAACAAGAAAGGUGGCAAUAUCGUAAAGUCAUUGAUCAAGAUCAUGCAGAGAGGGAUCUACGAGUCAAGAGCCUAUGCGACUUUGCUUCUAAAGAACAUUCUUGAAGUAGCGGAUCCAAUGCAGAUUAUGACUUUGAAGCCAUCGGUUUUCACCGAGGUUGUCCAGAUCUUGGACGACAGAAUCUCACACAAGGCGACAAAAGCCGCGAUGCAUGUGUUGGUGACCAUAUGUCCAUGGGGAAGAAACAGACACAAGGCCGUGGAAGCUGGAGCGAUCUCCGUGAUAAUCGAGCUUCUCAUGGACGAGAGCUUCUCGUCAGAUAGGAGAGGGCCAGAGAUGGCGAUGGUGGUUCUUGAUAUGUUGUGUCAGUGUGCGGAGGGACGAGCCGAGUUCUUGAACCACGGAGCAGCCAUAGCUGUGGUGUGCAAGAAGAUACUUAGGGUUUCGCAGACGGCUAGCGAUAGAGCUGUUAGGGUUUUGUUAUCGGUGGGAAGGUUCUGCGCUACACCGGCUUUGCUGCACGAGAUGUUACAGUUGGGGGUCGUAGAAAAGCUGUUUCUUGUGCUUCAGAUAAGCUGUGGAAGCAAGACUAAAGAGAAGGCAAAGGAGUUGCUUAAGUUGCACGCUAGAGUUUGGAAGGAUUCGCCUUGUCUCCCAAGAAACAUGAUUCUUGCAUAUCCCUCGUGAUGAAAACCAAGUGAACAACGAACAGUCAUGUUAUUCUUAAUAUUUUGUUGGAAAGACUAGUGGUUUAUUCCUAUAGUUAAUCCAAUCUCUUUUAGUUUUUUUUUUGGUAUACUUUCGAUGUUCAAGAUGUAGAUAAUAGGGGAAAUUGUUCAUCACAAAAUUUUGUUCUUAAGAGAAACAAAAAAGUUUGCAGAGAGGCUAUGUCCUCUACUACAAUCAUAUUAUUUUAUGACUAUUUACCAGUGAGAAACAUAUAUUAGUUUUAUAACAUUCAAAUUUAAUUCAAA